AUGUUUGCACCAGCACUUCCAAGACAUGCAUCACACACAAGAGCCAGGGCGUUGCAACUUAUAACAGCUUACAUUUGCAAGCCGUUGAUUGUGACGGCGUGCACAUCACUGCAGGAACCUCUCAUGAUACCAUUAGAAUGGGAGUCUCCCAGUAUGACAUCCCAUCAUCCACAUAACAUGCUAGCAGUCAACAGAAGUCAGUUCAAUCCGGUGCCCACCUACCGCGCGCUGAAGAGAAAGCGGGCAGAUGAAGAUCAGGAGAUCGCAACUAUGAUGAAGCUCCGGGCAUCACAAGACGUCGACCUUGCUUGCAUGGCGGAAGGAGCUCGGGCGCUGAAAACAAGGCGUUUCGAUACUGGAACCAUCGACAUUGUUGUCGGCAGUGCUAGGCCUCGGACCUUCCUCGUGCCACAAGUUCUGCUGCACCAUGCAUCUCCCGUCUUCUGCAAUAUGCUCAAAGGCUCGUGGAAAGAGGCCAAGACCGGUCGCAUCGAACUCCCAGACGACGAACCAGAUACCCCUGAGAACGGUCUUCAUCUCAACAUCAACGAACUCCAGGGGUUGGAGUGGAGAACCCUCGCGGAGCUCUACAUUUUCGGAGAAAAGUAUCAAGACGACCCCUUCUGCAAUGCUGUCGUAUCAGCCAUGGCAGAUCUCUCAGAUAGGCGGGCCUGCGUCCAAGACAUCAUGCCAAACUCUCCAUCAGAUGCAACAGAAGAGGACUUUAUCGAUCACAUGGGGGAGAGACUCGAGCGAGCGCUGAAGCGAGGAGAUCUCCAGGACCGUUGGGCCAAGCAUCCCUACCAGAAAGUUGUUGAACUCAUCUAUGGCGGUACACCACAAAGCUCACCAGUUCGAAAGUUGAUGGUGGCAAUCCAUAUCAAAGAACCUGCCAUGCCAGCUUGGAUGAAGGAUGAAAGUGAUGGGCGGAAUGCGGAGUUCACGAAGGAUCUGCUGGGAGCUUUGUUUGAGGAGAGGAGGAUGGCAUCGGUGGAGCAGCUGAAGCGGUAUGCUGGAAAGCAUGCCAUGUUCGCGCGCCGGGAGGAGUUCUUUAAGAAAUAA